AUGGGAACCUCUACAGAAAACAAGUCUGCAGUUCCUGCUGGGGCUCUCUACCUAUAUCGCUACAACGAGCACACGUAUCCCAACACACACGGCCUCUUUCAGAUCAAGUUCUCGGAUUUUCCCGAAGAGUCCAAGUUUCAUCCGCUUGGAAUCGAAUAUCAUGAGUCAGGAUCGACUCUCAUAGUUGCAAACCAUCACUUUGACGGGCCCCGACUCGAGGUUUUCACUCUCGAUAUUAUUUCCAACCAGCCAGUGGCUCGGCAUUUGCGAACGAUCAUUCAUCCGCUGAUUACAACGCCAAAUUCAAUCAGUGCCAUCAAUGCCCAAGAGUUCUUUGUCAGCAACGAUCAUUUCUUCAAGGUACAGAAGAAUCCCAUCUUGGCUAAAAUCGAGACCUACGGUGGCCUUCCAUUGGGGAAUAUCGUUCACAUGCGCUUGGAUGACUCGUCUGUAUCUGGCAAAGUCGUCUCCAGGGUCCCAUAUCCUAAUGGCAUCGCGCUCUUGAAUGAAUCAACACUUGCGGUGGCAGCAACAAGCUCUGCUCAUGUGAGACUCUAUAACAUCAGCUCGGACAAAACACUUGUCUUAGCCGAAACGAUCAAGGUUCCUUUCAUGCCGGACAACGUAUCAGCGGACCAGAAGGGGAAGCUGCUAAUCAGUGGGCAUCCUCAUCCACCAAGCCUAGAGGGAAUGGUGAAAAGACGGACAAAAUGCUUGAAGGACCAGCCAAUAGAUUCAAGUGUGUGCGAUGCCAUGAAAGUUCCGAGUUGGACUAUGGAGUGGGGGCCGGAAGAAGGGAUUAGAACUCUCUAUCAAACCGCCGGUGAAUUUGGAUCCAGUUCAACGGCUGUAAGGGAUAACGAGUACGGGCUGAGCUUGAUAACUGGGCUUUAUGAAAGGGGAAUCAUUGUUGCGAGAGAAAAGCAAUAG